AUGGCAAUGCAGCUUGACAUGUCUCAAGCUUCGGUCCUGAAGGACGAACAGGGACGGCCGUUUAUCGUCGUGCGCGAUCAGGGCAAGAAGAAGAGACAGCACGGCACCGAGGCUGUCAAAUCACACAUCGUUGCUGCUAAGACAGUUGCCAGCAUUGUCAAGUCUUCUCUGGGUCCCCGUGGUCUCGACAAGAUUCUGAUCUCCGCCGACGGCGAUAUCACCGUCACCAACGAUGGCGCUACCAUUCUCGGACAGAUGGAUAUCACAAACAACGUCGCCAAGCUACUGGUCGAGCUUUCCAGGUCUCAGGAUGAGGAGAUUGGUGAUGGUACAACCGGUGUUGUAGUGCUGGCAGCUGCCAUGUUGGAACAAGCCUCGGACCUUAUCGACAAGGGUAUUCACCCUAUUCGGAUAGCCGACGGAUACGACCAGGCCUGUGAAAUUGCUGUUGCGGAGCUCGAUAAGAUCAGCGACGAGAUCAAGUUCAGCCGCGAAGAUACCUCCAACCUCCUCAAGGUCGCCAAGACCAGUUUGGGCAGCAAGAUUGUCUCCAAGUCCCACGACCAGUUCGCCCAGAUCGCCAUUGAUGCCGUCCUGUCGGUUGCCGACUUCGAGCGCAAGGAUGUCGAUUUCGAGUUGAUCAAGGUCGAUGGCAAGGUCGGUGGAUCCCUUGAGGAUUCUCUGCUUGUUCACGGUGUCAUUGUGGACAAGGACUUCUCCCACCCACAGAUGCCCGACGAGGUGCGGGAUGCCAAGCUGGCUAUCCUGACCUGUCCCUUCGAGCCCCCCAAGCCCAAGACCAAGCACAAACUCGAUAUCACAUCGGUUGAGGAAUUCAGGAAGCUGCAGGACUACGAGAAGAAGACCUUCACAGAGAUGAUCCAGAAGCUGAAGGACUCAGGUGCCAACCUGGUCAUCUGUCAAUGGGGCUUCGACGAUGAGGCCAACCACCUUCUCCUCCAGAACGACCUGCCCGCCGUUCGCUGGGUUGGUGGGCCCGAGAUUGAGCUGAUCGCUAUUGCCACAAACGGCCGCAUUGUACCACGAUUUGAGGAUCUGAGUGCCGAGAAGCUCGGUACGGCUGGUAAGGUCCGUGAGAUGAGCUUCGGAACCACAAGAGAGAAGAUGCUGGUGAUUGAGGAGUGCGCCAACAGCCGUGCUGUGACUGUUUUCGUUCGUGGAAGUAACAAGAUGAUCAUUGAUGAGGCCAAGCGAUCACUACACGAUGCUCUUUGCGUCGUCCGCAACCUUGUCCGUGAUAACCGUGUUGUCUACGGUGGCGGUGCUGCUGAAAUUGCUUGCUCUCUCGCCGUCGAGGAUGCCGCCGCCAAGAGCCCCGGCAUUGAGCAAUAUGCCAUGCGCGCCUUCGCUGAUGCGCUGGAUGCUGUUCCCCUGGCCCUCGCCGAGAACUCUGGUCUGAGCCCCAUUGAGACUCUUGCCUCUAUCAAGUCUCGCCAGCUCAAGGAGAAGAACACCCGUCUCGGUGUUGACUGCAUGAUGACCGGCACCAACGACAUGCGUGAGCACUUUGCCAUCGACCCCCUGAUUGGCAAGCGCCAGCAGCUUCUGCUUGCUACUCAGCUUUGCCGCAUGGUUCUUAAGAUCAACAAUGUUAUCAUCUCUGGUGAUGAUGAGUCUGAGUUCUAA